CUGAAAGGCUCAUCACGUCAUGUAGGGAGGAGACCAUGCAAUACUUUCCGCCACUGCCCCAUAAAUACACUCGCACACUGUUAUACAGCAUGUGAAGUUGUGUGAUUCAGAUCAUCCAGGAGGAGCAUCCUGCUCUCACGCCUUUAAAGCCUAUAGCGACUACCAGAACUCUGUGUCCGUAGACAAGGAUUUUGUGGGGGGAAAAACAACAACUUUUAUUUCUGGAGAGUUUUGAAAGCUCCUGGCACUGUUCUCGGCCAUGCCGGAGCUAAAGAAGUACCUAACUGAGGGCCUGCUUCAAGUGGCUAUUCUUCUCAGUCUGUUCGGGAUGCGUGUGGACGUGGAUCCCUACCUGCCCCCCAUUGGUGAAAUCAUUCAGGGCCCAAGUUUAGCUCUAACUCAGACUCAAUUCCACAAUCUGCGAAACAUCCUGGAUGGAUAUAACCUGCACCCAAAAAGCGUAGACCUAGACGGUUUCUUCACAGCCCGCAGGCUUCUGAGUUGGGUACGUUCCCUAGACCGCAUGCAGGUGCCAGCGCCAGAGUUGGAAGCCUGGUUGGUCCACAGGGAGUCUGACAAUGGAGUCUCCAUUCCAGGUCAAGUAGGUCUCCUUGAGGAAGUUGGAGGACUUGAAGAUGUGGAGGAACCCUCAGAGCUAAGCAUGAGGUUGGGAAAUGGAGGAGAACUGGGUUAUGACGUCGUUGAGGAUCAAAGCCUUGGACCUUUGGGGCAUAUGUCAAGAAACCUCAACCAUCCAGACGAAGAUGAACUCAUUAAAGAGGAGGGAGAUGGUAUGUCUUUCUUCAGGGAACAAGAACCUCAGCAAAAUGUCCACUUGGAGCAGUUGGAAAACGCAAGAACACAACCACUCAGCUUGUUUAAUGAGGAAGAAGAGGAAGAGGAUGAAUUUAUGGUGGAGAGCUGGAGGAAUUCAAAUCCAUUUCACAACCAGAUGUUUGGAGAGGAUCUACAGUUGUCAGGUGUAAGGGACGACGCUUCUCUUGCCAUUGAAGAGUGCUUGCAUCUCAUCGAUGACAACUUCGCCUCAGAAGAGGAUCCGGAGUUGACAGGUCCUGGUUUACAGAAUGUAGGAGAACAUGCACUUCAGUUUCAGAGGCCACUCAUCUCACCCUUGUUGCCUGAACAGGAAUCUGCAUUUACCAUAGAGCAACAGUGGCAAGAUGUUUUGGCCAUCAUGGAAUCACAGGACAUGGAUAUAGCCGAAACAACAGGCGAUUCCCCCCUAAAUAUAAGUGAUUCAGGCAGAAAUGCUGGAUCCAUGGACAACUUUAUUCAUCAGGAUGUUAGCCUUCACCAAGCCACUCUGCCAAGUUCCACUGAUGCACAAAACAGCGUCACCAUGGAAGAAGCCUGUCGGAUUAACAACCACUCCUUGCCAAACCUCAACUUGGACACCCCUGAUAAUGUAGAAGCUUUUGAAGACUCUGAUAUCAUAGCCCUCCUUACUGGGACAAGCCUGGCAAGCCCUUUAGAUCCUCUGCUAGAGGAAGCCAUGCUUGAUGAGAUUGGACUAAUGGAUUUGGCCCUGGAAGACCUUGACGAGCAAAACCAAGCAGAUUCUGACUCUGGUUUAUCCCUGGACUACAGCCAAAGCCCUACCUCCACUAUUGGAUCUGAAUCUUCCAGUUCCUCGUCAUCAUCUUCAUGCUCUUCAUCACCCUCCAGCCCAACCCCUAGUUUGAUACCAGAGGAAGGUGCUGUGGGCUACACCCAUAUCAAGGAAGAGGAUGGAGCUGUGGGUGGCUUCAUGCCAGAACAAAGCAAAAUGUGUCAGUCAAGUUUGUUGGAAGCCAGGCAGUUCCAUCGUCUUCCUUGGCUCGAGCACAUCGGACACGAUCAUACCUACAACCAACCUCAAAGCCAGAAGAAGCCUCCAAAAGAUCCCUUCGACGAGUCGAAAGAGAAAGUGCUGGAGCAUCUGUCCAGCCGGGAUGAGAAACACGCACAGUCGUUGAAUAUCCCGUUCUCCAACGAACGCAUCGUAAACUUGCCCGUUGAGGAAUUCAAUCGUUUGUUAGCAAAAUAUCAUCUCAAUGAGGCUCAGCUCUCGCUCAUCAGAGACAUUCGCCGCAGGGGUAAAAACAAAAUGGCUGCUCAGAACUGUCGCCGAAGGAAGCUAAAUGUCCUCGUGGGAUUGGAGCGUAAUGUGGAUAGCCUACGACGCCUCCGGGUCAGACUGCUUAGGGAAAAGUCAGAGAUCUUGUGCUCCAUCAGGGAGAUUAAGCAGCUUCUUAAUAGCCUGUAUCAAGAGGUGUAUGAGAGACUGAGGGAGGAACAGGGACUGCUCUACUCUGACAACAACUUUACGUUGCUGCAAGACUGCACCAGCCCUGUAACAUCCCAAAGCAGAUCAGAUUCACACUCCAGACGCAAACUUAGCAAGAGACAAAAACGCAAGAAGUGAGGAGGACUCUUCAAUGAGCUGAUUUCGAUUAGUUCUACAUGCUGGUUUUCCGCAGUUCAAAGGAAUUUUACACCAAGUAGGGUAUUUUUACCCAAGAGAUCAUCCUUUAAGAUGUCAUAUACUGUGUAGCCACAUAAUACAACUUGACUGAACUUUAAGUUCCAUAAUGUUAAUUUAAAGGGCAAUGCGAGUUUCCUUGAUCUUUUUAUGUUAAAGACGUUGAAAUAUACUCUUAAACAGACUGUAAAGGGCAGCAAACAUGCAGUUUGUGUCUGAGGCUGAAUCUAGCCAGAGAAAGCACUCAACGCUGUUGCCGAUGUCACAUGUAAAGUGGGCGUUUCUGAAAGGCACAACAGCAAAUAACAGACCGUUUAUUUAUAAGGGCCACAGAGAGGGUCCCUCCUUGCCAGCAACCAGUCCCUGAUUCACAUGAGAUUACAGCAAAUGACAAUUAUUUCCCAAUGGAGAAAAAUACAUUUUUUCUCACUCGGUUUCCCUUGGAUGUCCCAUUAGCGAAGAAAAGACUAUCGCAAGAUUCAUGCGGACAUUAAGAACUAAAAUAGGAUUCUCCUAAAUUGUUCCCAAAAAAAAAAAACAGUUCAAUAAUCCUGUGUUAGAAUGGCAAAUUGUGUUUGGAAUUAUGCUUGGAAUCCAAGUAUUGAAACAAAGUGAUAAUGCAUUCUAAAUAUUGCCUACUGGUUUGAUAAAAGUGUUGGUUUGCCACCUCAUUAUAGGGAACACCACACAACGAACGUACUUUUAGUUUUGAGUUCGAUUAACUUUAACUUGAUUACAAGGCUGUAAAGUUUUAUGAUUUUUGACCCACCAUGUUUUGAGUGAACUGGAAUUCUGUCCUUGAGUUUGUGUGGUUUAUUUUAAAUUGUAUUGCUGUAAGUUUGAUGAAAUGUUAAAAACUGGUAUUUGAUUUCAUUCAUAUUUAAAAAAAUGCCUUGUAAAUAAUUUAAACCUUUUUAUAUUAAAUUGUUUAUGUACCUUGUGAUUCAUAUUUUGCAGUGAAUUUAGGUUCUUAGUCACAAGCUCUUUUGUUUAAUUAAAAGCUAUUUAUGGUA